AUGGACUUUUCUAACAUCUUUCGGCUAGUCAAUUUAGUCGUUGGUGGAAUUAUGGUCUUGGGAGGCAUCAGUCAAUUCUUUCCCAUUAAAUUACAGAGUAUCGUCAUCGGUGUCUACGUGAUUAUAUUUGGCUUGGCUGUCGCCGGUCUUGAAUUGCUUCCUCAAGUUCCGCCAUAUCUACCUCGAUACGCCAGCUUCCUCUUCUCAUUCCUCGGUCGCGGCAUCUUUUACAUCUUCGUGGGCUGCAUUAUUCUCCAGGGACAUGUGUUGCGAAUUAUCGCCGGCUCCAUCGUUGGCCUUGUUGGUGUAGGCUAUUGCUGCCUUGAAUUCGCCCCGUCGAUCGAACCUCCCUCCAAUAUGAGGGACGCUGAUGCCGGUUGGGGCGCUGAACAGGUUUAA